AUGAUCGCUGUACAGAAACCGCCAUCAAUGUUCUCCUCGCCCGCUUUCCGUCCUGCCCACGCAAGGCUCACUUCGGUCCCCGUCGUCGUCCGCCCUUCGCACGUCCCCGGCGUCCUCAACCUCUCCAAGCCUGUUCAGUUCUCUCCCCGCCCGCAGCACGCUCAACCUCAAUCCCGUGCUCCCCGUGUGUCCCCCAAGAACAAGCCCCAGCAGCGCUCGCCCCAGCUCUCCCGCGCGCAGCCUGCCCCCGUUGAGAAGUCCCAGCCCGCCCCCCUCUCUCUCGCGAAGGUCGAACAGCCUACCCCGACGUCCGAUAGCUCUCCCCGGGGUCGUAAGCAGCACAAGAACCGUAAGGACAGUGGUCGCAGGGGAGCUUCUGUCUCCCCUUCUGAUGUCGCUGCGCGGCGACACGCCCACCAACCCUCCCCUACUCCUGUUCGCACACCCUCGCCUUCCCAGAAGGCUCCCGCCGCUCCCCGAGCUCAGGUCUCUCGGGCCAAGCCAGAGGUUUCGUCCGACCCCUUCAUCGUCGACGUCGACGCCGCCAGCAAGCAGGACUGCAAGGCCCCCCGCUCCGCCCCCAAGCUCGCCUCGCAGCCCUCGGGCAAGCUCGCCCGCCGCCGCCAGGCCGGUCAACACGACUCGCCGGUCCCCCAGUCCCCUCUCGCCGCAAGAUCGGCCGGGCCGCCAACGAGGAGACUACUGCGCACCCCCAGUCAGUCUCUGCUAUCCGUCGCCCUCCCCCUCGCCGCGCCACGACCUCACCCCCCCACCACUCCCAUCCGGGAGGUUGCUUCGGUCCCUCCGAAGGCAGGCAUGAGGGGUACGUGGCAGCAGGAGAACUUCAUCGUUGACGACGCCCCUCGCACUGCCCCGUUGUCGUCGACCGUCGGCUUCCCCUUCGCCGGGACCAGCCCCUGCUCCACCCCGACUCCGGCCCAGCGUCGUCGCAACCAUCGCCGUGUUCCCAGCGAGGGUGUUUUCGCGAUGUCAACCGACGAGGAGUCCGCCUCGUCGUCCGCGUCGGACCUCUUCGAGGCCAUGCACAUCAAGCGCCGCGGCGUCACCAUCCCUCGUGCUCGCUGCUCCACUGGACCUUCCCCCUCGGCCUUCGGCGCCUCUACCGUUGACCAACUCACUUCAUCGUCCGCGCCGUCCCUCGCGGCUGGAUUUUUCGCGGGCUCUGUCUUCCAAAACUCGCCAAGUCCGGACGAUCUCCCUGCCCCCUCUUUUGCGGUGUAA